GAAAAAAAAAACAUACAAUGAAAAAUUAAGCUAUUAUCAAAAUCAUAGGAACAAUCACCUGUUAAAUUACUCUAAGAAUGUUGUGAGAAUAUAAGACCAUUUGCUUUUGGGGGGAAGAGAUGACUGACAGGCAUCCUGAAUCUCUUGCCCAUCAUAGAUUCUUAGUAAAUAUUUGACUAAUUUAAAACCUCAAUCAAUAGAAUUGUUUCAGGAAUUUCAUGCUGAGACAAAAACAAGAUGUUUUCCCAUCUCUAUGUAUAUUUUCACUUAGACAUUUGGGACGGCUAGUAAAUGUCCCAGUGACACUCAUUCAUUCAUUUAUACAACAGUGCCUGUUGUGUCCCACAUGUUUUAUUAAGACAGACGUUUUGUCCCUGUUUUCAUAGAGCAUUUCUUCUAAUGAGGGAGCCAGGCAACAGACAGGUAAACAGAAAAGAUCAUUUCAAAUAGUGCAACAUGUUACAGUACUAUAAGUGAGAUUACAGAGUAAUGUGUGAAGAGUACUGUAGGCAAGGUAACAUUCAGUGGGGGAAGGCUAUCCUCCACAAGCUGCUGAAAGUACCUUCUGCCAUUAACCAGUUCACCCAGUCCUUAGACCCCCAAACAGAAACAAAGCAAGAGACAAAGCAAGAGAAGAAGCAGAGACUGUUGGCCCAGGCUGAGAAGAAACCUGCUGGCAAAGGGGGUGUCCCCACUAGGAAAUCACCUGUUCUUAGAGCAGCGGUUAACACCAUCACCACCUUGCUGGAAAACAAGAAGGCUCAGCUGGUAGUGAUUGCACCUGGUGUGGACCCCAUCAAGCUGGUUAUCUUUCUGCCUGUCCUGUGUCCUAAAGGGGUCCCUUACUGCAUUAUCAAGGGGAGGAAGGCAAGACUGGGCCAUCCAGUCCACAGGAAGCACACUGUCGCCUUCACACAGGUUAACCAGGAAAACAAAGGAGCUUUGGCUAAGCUGGUGGAAGCUAUCAGGACCAAUUACAAUGAUGGAUAUGAUGAGAUCUGCAAUGUCCUGAGUCCAAAAUCUGUGGCUUGCAUUGCCAAGCUGGAAAUAGGAAAGGCUGAGGAACUUGCCACUAAACUGGGUUAAAUGUACACUGUUGAG